AUGGCCUAUGAUUCACACAAACAAUCUCAAUAUUAUCCACAACAUUUUCAACAGCAUCAGCCAUCUCAAAUAUCUUCCCCCUUGAGAAUGCAAGGAUUACAAGAAUAUCCUUUUACUUCAAAUACAGGGAAUGUACAUCCAAAUAAUAAUAAUAAUAACAAGACUAAUCAUUCAUUACUAAAUUCACCGGCAACGCCUCAGCAUUUAAGAUAUAAUUCCAAUUCAAACUUAUCUAAUCAAAAUAUACAACCACAGGUACCACCACAAUCACAACCACAACCACAACCGCAACCACAACAACUUCGAUCUAAUAUUCGAAAAAAUGCAUUUACUCACAUGAAAACUCCAACUCCUUCAUCAUAUGAAGUUCCAUCAAGUCCAAAUGUUAAUCAUUUAUCUCAUUUAUCAAAUCAAAAUAACUCAGAUCUGUCAGAUAGCAACCCUGUGGUGGAUCUGAUAGCACAAGAUAUCGAAUCUAAGCCUGUAUCUAACUACACUCAGCAACAGAAACAACAACAACAACAGCAGCAGCAGCAGCAACAGCGACAAUCACAACAGCACAUACAAAAUCAAUCGAAUCUAGAGUCUCAACAACCGCAAACACAACCACAUUCCAAUACCACUUCACAACUGCAACAACAACAGAGGGCCAUGUCGGAUGAAGAACAACAAUUAGCUACCAAACUAAAAGAAACUUAUAAAAAUAUAGUCAACUAUGAAGAAGUUGUUCAAAAAAAUUGCAUAGAAAUCACUAUAAAAAUAAAUCAACUAACAACAAAUUCUAAUCCAAGUUUAGUUUAUGGAAAUCAAAUGUUAAAUCAAAAUUUAUCGAGUUCAUUAAAUUCAAAUUCAUCGUUAACUUCACAAUCAACAAGAACUUCAGAAUUAUCAAAUGAUUUAUGGACAGUAUAUCAUCAUAACAUUACAUUAUUAGACAAUUAUUAUGAUUUUUUAGUAACAUCACUAAAACCAUCAUCAAAUCAAACACAAUUCAAAACAGGUAAAAAUAUUGUUGAAUUAUAUAAAAUUCCAAGAAGAAUGUGGGUAUAUGGAAUUGUAGGAUUUUUAGAAGUUUUAAAAAAUAUAAUGGGGAUUUUCCCAGAUCAUGAAAUUUGUUCAUGUUUUAUAUCACAUUGUUUUAAUAUAAUAUCUAAUUUAACUGAUCCAAUUUUAGAAAUGGAAGGUUGGUGGUCUGAAAAAUUAGGUGAUUUAUCAAGAAUGGCUAUUGCAUUAUAUCUGUCAAAAUUUAUUGAUUGGAAAAUAAGUGCAGAAUACUGGUAUUCGACUUCAAUGAAAACUUUAUAUGGUCAUGGAAAAAUUUAUUAUCAUAUGUGUACAGUACAACAAGAUAAUUUAGAUGCAUUAGUUAAUAUAAGUAAAUCUGUUACUUGUCGAGAUCCAUUUGUUCCAACUCAACAUUAUCUUAGAUUAGUUGUUGAAAAUAUAUGUACUCAAAGAAAUAUAUUAUCAUUAUUAGAAUUACCAAUAAUUGAUUUUAUAAAAAUUCAUAAAGUAUUAUUAAGUAUAUAUAAUGGUAGAAAUAGUGAAGGUACAUCAGUUGAAAAUAUUCAUGAUGCUCAAUUACAAUAUGGUAUAGAAUUAGUAACAAGAUAUGGAUUAACAUUUGGUUCAGAUUCAAAUGGUUAUAAUUUUUUUACAAGAGAAAUGUAUAGUGGUAAUGUUGAUCAACAAUAUAAACAACAAUUACAAUUACAACAACAACAACAUUCUCAACAACAACAACCAUCAGCUUCAAAUACAUUAGAAAAAAUGAAUUUUUGGUUUAAUAAAGGUUCAUUAUUUGCAAUAUCAAAUAUUAAUCAUUUAAUUGGAUUUGGAGAUGCAAAAAAUCCAUUUGCAAAAUUAUUUGAAUUACCUGAAGCAUUAAAAGAAAGAAAAGAUAAAAAAGAUCGUAAAAGAAAAUCAAGAAGUGUUUCACAAUCAGAAGAAGUUAUAUUAUCAAAUUUAGGAUCAGGAGGUAUUGAUGGACAAUCAGUUAUUGCUGCACAUUUACAUAAUUAUGAUUGGUUUUAUAGUCUUCAAUUUAUUAAUAAAUCUGUUUUAGAAUUAUCAAUGAGAAUUUUAAAUCAUUAUUUAGUUGGUCCAAAACAAGCUUCAACAGGUCAUGUUAUAGUAUGGUUAUAUUUUUUAAUAAGUAUUGGUGAAGCAACUAAAAAAUAUGUUAUAUCACAACCAAUGAUUUAUUGGUUAUUUAAAAAUUUAUUUCCAUGGGAAUCAUUAAUUAAUUAUUUAAAUUCUUUAUUAUCAUUUAUAAAAAAUAGUCCAAAAUUAUGUUCAAUUUAUACUCAAUAUUUACAGUUACCUUAUAUAUCAUGGUUUUGUGAAAAUGAAUUUUUACCAGAAGUUUGGAAAUGUUGGGGUACGUUAUGGUUUGAUUUUAUAAAUGAAAAAAAUGAUUAUAUUGAUUUAGAUGAUGCAGGUGUUAAAAAUAAUAAUAUAUUUGAUUUACCAAUUUGUGGUACUUAUCCAAUAUUAAAUAUGUCAAGUGAUAAUUAUGAUCAAAAACUGAAAAAUCAAUUAGAAAAUGAUAAUGAUGAAAGAAUUGUUAGAAUUAUAUUAUUAGCAAGAACAAUAGCAGAUAAUUAUGAUUUUGGAUUAAUUAGAACAAAUAAUGAAUUUAAAUUUAAUAAAUCAUUAUAUAAUAAAUCAAUAAUUGGACCAUUUGCUGAAGAAUUUUUAAAUGAUAAUAGAUUUCAAAGUAAUAAUUUUAUCCAACCUAUAUCACCAGAAAAUAUAACUAAUGAAACAAAUAAUACUUUAACAUCAAUACAAAAAGAUGAAUUAUGGUUUGGAGGAUUGGAUAGUCAUUUAUAUGAAGAUGAAAAUUUAGAAUUAGAAGAUGAUAUAAUAGAUGAUGAUGAAGAACAUGAUGGAGUUGAAGAAGAUGAUGUAGAUGAAGGAGAAGAAGUAGAUGAUGUUGAUGAUGAAGAAGAUGAAGAAGAAGAAGAAGAUGAAGAUGAUAUACCAUAUGAAGAAGAUUAUGAUUCAAAUGCAUAUACAAGACAUCAACAAAAUCAUCAUCAUAAUCAUAAUCAUCAUCAACAACAACAACUUCAACAACAAUUAAAUCAUGCAAAUGGAAAUGGUGAAUUUUAUAAUGACAGUUUUAUUGGUACACCAACAGAUCCAUUAUCAUUAGGUAAUUUAAAUAAUGAAGAAAUUGAAGGAAAUUUUGGUGAUAAAAUUGAUUCAAAUAUAACACAAAUUACAUUAGAUACAAAUAUAUGGUUAAAACAUUGUGGUAGAAUUUUUAAAUGUGUUAGAAAUGGUAUAUUAAAAAUUUCAAUACCAUUAAUUGUAUUUCAAGAAUUAAGAGCUUUAAGAAAAUCUUCUGAAGCAACAAUAGCAGAUGCAGCAACAAGAUCAGUUAUAAUAAUAAGAGAAUUAUAUUUAACAAGAGAAAUUAUUCCUUUAAGAUUUGAUGGAACAAUAGCAUCAGAUAUAAAUGAAACUUUAGAAUUUGAAAAUAAUUCAAAUUGGAGAUCAAAUGUUGAUGAAACUAUAUUACAUGCAGUUAAUGAACAUGAUGAAAUUGGUAAAAGAUUUAUGAAAGGUUUAAAUUUAAAAUUAUCACCAUUUACAAAAAAUAAUAAUAAUAAUAAUAGUUAUUAUUAUUCAAAUAAUAGUAAUUUUAAUAAUAAUGAUAUUCAAAAUCAAUUAUUAUUGAAUCAUCAAUAUAGUACAAAUCCUAUUUCAAGUCAAUAUAACAAUAAUAAUACGAUGAAUCCAAAUAAUCCAUCAUUAAUCACUCCACAACAACAAUCACAACAAAAUUAUCUAAAAAACAAUUCACCAUUGAUAAAUCAAAAUCAAUCAUCAUCAAUAGAAUUUAUAAAAAAAGAACCACAAAUUUUAAAUUCAAGAAUGGCAAAAUUAUUUAAAUAUUGUAUAUUAAUUACUGAUGAUAGAAAUAUGAGAUUAAGAGCAAAAACUAUUGGUUUAACUUCUUUUCAAAGUAAAUGGUUAUUUAAUCAAUUAGAAACGGUAUUUUCUGAUAGAUGUAUAGAUUAA